AUGGCGCAGGGCAGUCAACAACUCGAUGUGCAGGUACUCCAUGAUCUCCGACAACGUUUCCCUGAGAUACCUGAAGGGGUGGUAUCUCAGUGCAUGCUUCAGAACAACAACAACCUAGAUGCCUGUUGUCGAGCCCUCGCACAGGAGAGCAACAAAUACUUAUAUAUGGAGUACCAUAGCCCUGAUGACACCAGAAUGAAUAGAAAUAGCCUUUUGCACAUUAAUCUGGGUAUUCAUCCUCAUACCAGCUAUCAUGCAGGGGAUGGAGCUCAACUUAAUGGUGGUCGUACACUGGUACACAGUUCAAGCGAUGGACAUAUUGAUCCACAACGCACGGCAGGUAAACAGCUGAUAUGCUUAGUUCAAGAACCACACUCUGCACCCGCUGUUGUGGCAGCUUCUCCUAGUUACAAUCCAUUUUUCAUGAAUGACCAGAAUAGAAAUGCAGCUACUCCUCCUCCACAGCCACCUCCACAGCCAUCUUCCAUACAACCAGGAAUGAACACGUCUGCUAUGCAAGGCCCUCCUCCCACGUAUAUGCACAUACCUCGGUACAGUACAAAUCCCAUUACUGUUACAGUAUCACAAAACCUCCCCUCUGGACAGAGUGUACCCAGAGCUCUACAAAUUCUUCCACAGAUUCCAAGCAAUCUUUAUGGGACUCCUGGCUCUAUUUAUAUAAGACAAACAUCUCAAAGUUCUUCAGGACGACAGACUCCUCAGAAUACACAGUGGCAUUCAUCGCCACAGGGCCCAGUUCCACAUUAUACUCCCCGUCCUCUACCUGUGUAUCCACAUCAACAGAACUACCAACCUUCACAGUAUUCUCCUAAACAACCCCAGAUCCCUCAGUCAGCUUUUCGAUCACCACCGGCAUCCCAGUGUCCCUCUCCCUUUGGCUCUCCUCAACACCAAGUUCAGCCACCUCAGCUGGGUCAUCAGAGUUCACAUGUGUUCAUGCCUCCUAGUCCUUCAACUGUCCCACCCCAUCCAUAUCAGCAAGCAUCCCAGACUUUUCAAAAACAAGGCGGUCACUCUGUAUCGUAUCUUCCUCCUUUUGCUGGACCUAGUUUAUCCAAAGGUUCCAUGAACAAAAUAGAGAUUACAGUUGAGCCACCGCAAAGACCUGGGACUGCAAUGAACAGAAGUCCUUCACCAAUAAGUAAUCAACCAUCUCAGCGAAACCAGCACCCGCUGUAUGCAGCCACUACUCCUCCUUCAAGCUCUCCAUCAAGAGGUAUGUCAGGUCAACCCAAACCUCCAUUUAGUGUUAAUCCAGUAUAUAUUACCUACACUCAACCAACCGGACCUACAGGUGCACCAACACAGUCUCCUCGGGUUAUGGUAUCUCAGCCAAACCCAACCAUUUUUAAAAUCACAGUAGGUCGAGCACCGACUGAGAAUCUUUUAAAUUUAGUGGACCAAGAAGAGCGUUCUGCAGCACCAGAACCUAUUCAGCCUAUUUCUGUAAUCCCAGGAUCUGGAGGAGAAAAAGGAAGCCAUAAGUAUCAGAGAAGUUCUAGUUCUGGAUCAGACGACUAUGCUUACACUCAAGCCUUGCUGUUACAUCAACGAGCAAGGAUGGAGAGAUUAGCAAAGGAACUGAAGCUUGAGAAAGAAGAGCUCGAACGCCUGAAAGCUGAAGUCAAUGGUAUGGAGCAUGAUCUAAUGCAGAGGCGGCUUCGAAGAGUUAGCUGUACAACUGCAAUUCCAACACCUGAGGAAAUGACCAGAUUGAGAAGCCUCAACAGACAGCUCCAGAUAAAUGUUGACUGUACACUGAAAGAAGUUGAUCUCCUUCAAUCUAGAGGGAACUUUGAUCCGAAAGCCACGUGUAACUUCUAUGAUAACAUAGAGCCUGGUCCUGUUGUGCCACCAAAGCCAUAUAAAAAGGAGCAUCAAAACAGUUCCAAACAGACUCCACGGACUCAGCCAAGAGACGAAGACUUUGAAGGGGCUCCAUGGAAUUGUGAUAGCUGCACCUUUCUAAAUCACCCAGCACUAAAUCGCUGUGAGCAGUGUGAAAUGCCGCGAUACACCUGAAAAUCAGGAAGGGGCUGCUUUGGGUUGAAAACAGGCUCUGAAGCCGACAGCUGUAGGAGAAGGAAACAUGGGGAACCUUUCACUCCAUCUGCCCGGCCUUUGCCAGUCAACAAUCUUCAUAUUGCAAGGGGUGGGAGCGGUGUGUUAAGAUGUUUCUGCUUGUGCUACACUAAAGAAAUAAAUUAAGGAUGAAAUUCUUUCUUAUCCCAUUGCAGUGAGCAAAGCAGAAAAUGAAACCUGAAAAUGUAAAAGGGUUCAUUUUUGGAAAGAAUGUAUACAGGAAAGCAAAUAACUACUGGUGUUUAGUCCUGUGGUUAUAGUUACUGCUUUAGUGGCUAAAAAAAAAAAAAA